AAGCCGGGCAGGGCAAAGCCUAGUAAUAAUACUCAACUUAUCACUUAAGUGUUUUAUUUUUAUUUUAACCUUUUUAUAAUGUUAAGCUUCUUUUCGAGAAUUCUGGUGUUUGAAUGUGCUAUAAAAUAUUGUACUUUUCUUUUUCUGUUAUUUAAAAAAUGUAAAUUAAAAAAACUUCGACCACGUCACGACCUUCGACAUUUAAUUCUAUUUCUAAUCUAACUAAAUUUUAUUUGCACGCAAUCAAAACCGAUUUCGUUUAUCAGUAUACAGUGAAGGGUAGAGGAGACUGAAGGUAAGGACAAAUGUAUCACAAAGUAUUGUAAAUAAAGCGUUUAAUUUUGCGAUAAAUUUAUCAAUUAAUUAAUGUAUUCAUUUAUGUAAGCAACAAGGAUUGACACCUCCGAAACUAUCGAUUGCAGACGAUCGUUUAUGAUCGAUAUCGAUCCAUCGACCUGUUUGGAGGCCAAAUCAAACCACUUUUCUAUUCCAGCGCAGAGAAACGUAAGCACGCAAAACCGAACGCCCCGGCCAGUGUGUGCCCAUUGAUGCAUCCACAUGCAUAUGGUUCGUGUGAGGCGCGAAAUGUAGUGGCAAGGUAAGCGCCAGAUGUGCGUAACGACUGGUGUGCGGUGAUACCUCCCGCCACAUUUCGGUAGGGUUCUCUUUCGGUGGUAUGCGGUAGCCUACGCUACGGACGAUGCGAGGCACUGGAUGGAAGAAACAAUUUCAGCUGCAAUGUGCGAUCAGAUCGUAGCUAACCGUCAAACGAUGCGGUACGGAUUGUGACACAAAGUGCAGGUGCGUCGGUAAAGUUCUCCGUGGAAAGUGAUAAAGCCCGCUAAGGAUCGCACUUGCAAAAGAAUGUCCCAAGCGCGUGGUGUUGUGAUAACGUUGCUCCUAAUUCUUGGAGGUGUAAUCCAACCGUCCCGUGCCUUGCUUAGCCUGAGCAACAUUACAAGCCUCGUCUACGACGCUAAGGAGAUCAAUUAUGGGCGACACACGCUGCUAGACUCGUACGACUUCAUCAUCGUCGGUGCGGGUCCUGCAGGAUGCGUGUUGGCCAAUCGACUCUCGGAAGAUCCGACCGUUACAGUGCUGCUGCUAGACAUCGGCAGGGGUGAGAUCCCGCUCUUCACGGAUUCACCUCUUGUCGGUCCGAUACUUGCCUCAACGGACUACAAUUUUGGAUAUCAAACGGAAAAGCAACAGAAUGGAUGUCUCGGAUUACGGGGCGGACGUUGCAGUUGGGCACACGGACGUGGUGUAGGUGGAUCGUCCAUCAUUAACAAUGUGAUCUUUACGCGCGGUAAUCGUCGCGAUUACGAUGGAUGGGCCCGGGCAGGUAAUGAGGGUUGGAGUUGGAACGAUGUGUUGCCGUUAUUUAAGCGUAUCGAAACGGCCAAUAUUCGUGACUUUGGUGAUAAUGGGUACCACGGUACCGAUGGCCGCCUUUCGGUGGAGGACUGUCCGUUCAGAUCGGACAUCGCGCGAGCGUUUGUGAAGAGUGCUGAGGCGGCUGGUUAUCGCUAUCUCGAUUAUAAUGCUGGUGAUAAUUUAGGUGUAUCGUUCCUGCAAGCACACACGCGUAAUGGGCGACGGGCGACAGGAGGUAAUAGCUAUCUCCGGGAUAUAGUGAAUCGCCCAAAUCUUCACAUCGUUACACGUGCCUGGGUUACCAAGAUUCUCAUCGAUCCCGAUACUAAAGCAGCCACAGGAGUACGUCUCCUGCAUGAACGACAAUAUCACGAGGUAGACGCAGACCGGGAAGUGAUUCUCUCUGCGGGAGCCUUCGAAAGUCCCAAGCUUCUGAUGCUUUCUGGUGUAGGACCUGCAAAGCAUCUUCGACAGCAUGGUAUCAAGGUACUGCAUGAUCUACCGGUCGGUCGGAAGGUGUACGAACAUGGCGGUGUUUUUGGACCGAUUUUCAUCAUUCGCGAACCUACGGACAAUCUGGUGAGCUUCGAACAGCUAGCCAACGCUGGUGAGUUCUUACGCUUCCGCAAUGGUUCCGGACCGCUCACAUCGAACUCGGUCGAAAGUCUUCUCUACGUCAAGUCACCGUUUGCGGAAGAUCCCGAUCCAGAGUAUCCGGAUGUGGAGGUUAUGCAGGCAUUCACCUCAUUCAGCUUUGACACUUCACCGGGAUCGCGAAAUGCUUACUUUCUCACCGAUCGGAUGUACAACGAAUACUUCCGACCGUUGGCAAAUACGAGGAACUAUAUGUUUCUGCCAAUGCUGCUCAAGCCACGGGCAGUGGGACGCGUUGAGCUGAAGUCAUCGAACCCAUUCAACCAUCCGAUGUUCCGCUAUCAGUACUUUGAGGAUGAUCGCGAUGUUGACGCGAUCGUGUACGCCAUUAAGGAGGUGAUUCGUAUCAGCACUAAAGCACCGCUGCGUAAAUUUGGCGUAGAGCUUUACACCCGCAAAGUGCCCGGUUGUCAGUAUAUGGCUUUCAACACGAUCGACUAUUGGCGAUGUCACGUACGGCACCUAACGGCAACAUUCCAGCAUCAGGUGGCCACAUGUAAGAUGGGUCCUCCUGAAGACCCUGAAGCUGUCGUUGACAACCGUCUGCGCGUGUACGGUAUCAAGCGGUUGAGGGUGGCCGAUGUAGGCAUUAUUCCGGAAGCACCAACCGGACAUACCUGUGCGCACAGUUUUCUUAUCGGAGAAAAAGCUGCCGAACUUAUCAAAGAUGACCAUCGACUCCACUAAA